UUGGCCUACCGGAAGAACGCGGACCGCGAUGAGGACAAGGCCAAAUCCUACGAAUUGGAGCAGAGCGUCGUGAAGCUGAUGAGGGGCCUCCUGCAGUGCAUGAUGCGGCAGGUGGACAAAGUGGAGGACUUCAAAUACAGCCAGAGCCCCAAGGACUGCCUGCACGCCAAGUACAAUACCAGCACCUGUGCCACCGUGGUGGGAGACGACCAGUGGGGCCACCUGCAGCUGGACGCCACCUCCAUCUACCUGCUGAUGCUGGCCCAGAUGACGGCCUCUGGCCUUCACAUCAUCCACAACCUGGAUGAAGUCAGCUUCGUCCAAAAUCUUGUCUUCUACAUCGAGACCGCAUACAAGACUGCGGACUUUGGGAUAUGGGAGCGUGGCGACAAGACAAACCAAGGAAUUACGGAGCUGAAUGCCAGCUCGGUGGGCAUGGCAAAGGCAGCUCUGGAGGCCUUGGAUGAAUUUGACCUUUUUGGCACCGAGGGGAGCCCACAGUCAGUGAUCCACGUCUUGCCGGAUGAGGUGCAGUAUUGCCAGUCGAUCCUGCACUCCAUGCUGCCGAGGGCCUCCACCUCCAAAGAGAUUGACGCCAGCCUCCUCUCGGUCAUUUCUUACCCGGCGUUUGCUGUGGAGGACAGGGAUGUGGUGGAGAAGACCAAGGAGGAGAUCAUUGCCAAGCUGCAGGGCCGUUACGGUUGUUGCCGGUUCCUUCGCGACGGCUACAGAACUCCCAAGGAGGACCCCAGCCGCCUCUACUACGAGCCUGCGGAGUUGAAGCUCUUUGAGAACAUCGAAUGCGAGUGGCCACUCUUCUGGACCUACCUAAUCAUCGACGGCCUAUUCAGCGGCAAUGUGGAGCAGGUCCAGGAGUACCGCGAAGCUCUUGAAGGGGUCCUGAUCAAGGGGAAGGAUGGGCUGCGGCUGGUCCCGGAGCUCUACUGCGUUCCCCUGGAGAAG